UCGGCGGUUUGUGUUUGUUAUUUUGUUGUAUUUUCGGUGUUGUAAGUUUGAAAAUAGAACUCAGCUAUUUGCGUUCUCUAGACGUUUUUACGAAGCUUUUUGCUACUGAGUAAAAAAUGGAUGACGAAGCUGAGUGCUACAAACUAUGGCGUGUGAAGAAAACUGUUAUGCAGCUAUGCCAUGAUCGUGGUUAUCUAGUUACUCAAGAUGAACUUGACCAAACUUUAGAACAAUUUAAGGAACAGUACGGUGAUAAACCAAGUGAAAAGAGACCAUCACGAGCUGAUCUCAUUGUGCUGGUUGCUCACAAUGACGACCCUACAGACCAAAUGUUUGUAUUCUUUCCUGAAGAACCUAAAAUUGGAAUUAAAACGAUCAAGACAUAUUGCCAGCGUAUGCAGGAAGAAAAUAUUCACAGAGCCAUGAUAGUAGUUCAGCAGGGCAUGACACCAUCAGCUAAGCAGUCUUUGGUGGACAUGGCUCCAAAAUACAUUUUGGAGCAGUUUUUGGAAUCGGAAUUGCUAAUCAACAUUACUGAACAUGAGCUAGUUCCUGAACAUGUGGUUAUGACACCCGAAGAAAAGCAAGAAUUACUGUCCAGAUACAAACUGAAGGAAAACAUGCUGAUGCGAAUUCAAGCAGGAGAUCCAGUUGCACGGUAUUAUGGACUGAAGAGAGGACAGGAGAUCCUAUUUGUCGCUACUAUGGCUUGAGAAGAGGCCAGGUUGUCAAAAUUAUUCGAUCGUCGGAAACUGCUGGCCGUUACAUCUCCUACAGACUUGUUUGCUGACAGCAAAAAUUUUCUUUUGGAUUCUCACGUCACCAACUCUCCUCACCAAUUGUAAAUUAAGAUAAAUAUUUUGAGGUUG